ACAUAGGCUAUAAUCUAUAUCCUCUUUAAAGAUGAACGCGCUUUUAGUAUCGAGCGAGAGACGAACGGCAGAAGCAUCGAUGAAAUCGUCGCUCUUCUCUUGAGGCUGAUCGUGUCUCUCUGACAUCCACUCAUCUGCCUGUGAAGUGCGGAAGAAGCUGUCGAUAUCAUCGCAGACCUGUGUAAUUCCAUAUUAAUUUUGUAUCCUAAAGAGCAUUUAUUCGAUAUGUAAUCUCAUUUUAAGGUUAAAGACGUACAGUUAGUGUUUAAUGAACUUGUGACGGGAAGAAACGUUGUUUUCAAGAUAUAAAGUUAUCUAGUGUCCCAGCAUGCAAAGCAGCAUCUCCUCUCCUCCUGAGACCCCACAGACGGGUGGAGACCGAGCCGAACUAACCCAGCUCACCACUAAAGAUGCUUCAUCUGGGGACAGCUCAUCAGAGUUGGCCAGCCCCAAAGCAUUGACCUUUGACCUGCUCAACAUGGUGAUCUCCUUCAAGCGGAUGGCCAUCUACCUGGAGCCCAUCACUGACACAGCGGAGGUGCUGCGGUACCUGCUCGGAUGGAGAAUGCCCCUGUUCUCCAUGUUUAGUUGCAUCCUGCUCAACGUCCUUUUCUUGACUCUGAGUGAAGGGUUGUGGGUCUCUCUGCUCUUGUUGGGGAUCUCAACUCCAGCUGUGUUGGGUUAUAUGGGCGACCGCUGUAAGGGCGUCACCAGCGAGAUGGCGGUCCAGAGGAAGAAACACUACGCGGUCCAGCGCAGAGAUCUUCAGACGGUCCACAUGAGCAAACAAGAGGCCAUGCUGGAGGUCAAGGGCAUGCUAAAACGCAUAGAUGAUCUCUUGACCCAGGCGUGUGUGUAUGCAGAAUCUGUGUAUAAGGUGUUAUAUUGGGAGAGCCAUGCAGUGUCUUCCAUGUUUUACGGUUCUGUACUGGCUGCGGUUUGUGUACUGUACACGGCUCCUGCGGGUUUUAGUCUGUCUGUACUCAACAGCGCCCUCUUCUUUUGGAACAAAGACUUCUGCAGAGUUCUUUUGGAGCUGAAGGAGUUUGUUCACCCGAGUCAGGUCCAGCUAGUGGAGGAAGCUGAACCAUGCGAGUCUGAUCAGGGACAAAUGCAGGACCGCACACCCACUCCUACCAGUGUGGAGGAUCUGUCGCCUGGCAACAUUGAAGAGGCAGAAGAGGCGGAGCCUGAUGAUGAGUUUAAAGAUGCUAUAGAGGUGGGGCCUGUAACCUAUUUACUACCAAAGGUUCUUUGGAGGCGCAGAGUCCAUAAGGAUGAUGAUGACGUGUCUUCUGUCACUCCUGAGUUUGACACCGUAUCUGACAACGGGUUGUUGAGUAGAAACGAGCCCAUCCGAAGUAAAGUCUCCAAACUCACGGAGAAGCUACGCAAGCGGGUUCCCUCUAACACCGGAAACUGUUUCCAGUGUAAUGCUGCGUUUUCUGUUUUAAAGAAAAGGAGGAGCUGCAGUAACUGUGGUGUCAGUUUCUGUGCUCGCUGUUGCUCUUACAAAGUGUUCAAGUCCAGUAUGGGAGCCACAGCUCCUGAGGCCCAAAGAGAGACUGUGUUUGUGUGUAAUAUGUGUAAUAUCUUCCUGAACACCAAGUAGGUCACCCCCAUACCCAAAUGACCAUUGCAAACCUGUGCAAGCCCCUCAACAGCAUAAACUACGAGUGGGCUGAUUAGGGAAUAUUUGACGUGGAGGACCGAAAUCCUGCGUUUGAUCCUGCCUCUGCUUUAUCGUGUCUGCCCAAAAAAGUUGUGGACCCUAAAUGCAGUCCUUUACUUCUGGUUGAUGACAUUUCCAUGGGCAUGUCUAAAAGAGCUUUCCCAGGCAACCCCAACACCAAAACCCUUUUUUGGCCUCUUUUUUGAGCAUCCCUUUCUGAAUUGCAGCCCUUUAUAGGAGUUAUAUCAAGAUCACUGUACUGGAUACAAACUCCAAUGUUGAUUUCAGAUCUGAGCAUUAUAAAUGAAUUUUAUUUAUUUAUUAAUUUCGGUUAAAAGAUUUUGAAAUAUGCUGCUCAAAUGAGUUGAUAGAUUUUUCACCUUUGACCUAAACUCUUCAGUUUUCUGUCUGCUUUGAUUUCUGUCCCUUGAUUGUUUAAAAGUUGAUUGUAUAUUGUUUCUAUUAUUUAUGUGAUUAUGUCUAAACAAACUUUUAUGGGACUUCUUACAACCAGUUCUUCAUUUUACACAAAUCAAAAUAAUGUUAUUGUAUUAUAAGUGAUCUGUUGGUCAAUGGGUAUAGUAUGAGAUCACACUGUAAAACAUUCUUGGCUGCCUUAAAAUGUUUAGUUGAAUCAACUCAGAUUUACAAGUUAUUUUAGCUUACUAUUAUUUAUCUUGACUAGAGACGAGUUGUUAAAACUUAUAAAAUAUAUUCGAAAGAAGUCAACUUUAUUUUAUAAGUUAUAGCAACUCAUCUCUUAUCAAGAUAAAUAAUAGCAAGUUAAAUGACUUGUAAAUCUUGAGUUGAUUCAACUGAUUAAGGCAGAAAAUAAUUUUUUGCAGUGCAUGAUGACAAAUAAUCACAGUAAAUCAUUUAAUCCGAUAUUGUAUUGCAUUAUAAAAUCCUGUCUUUGCUGAUGUAACAUUUCUUUUGGAUAACUAGGCACAUUGCUGUAUUAACCGCUGCCGAUACCAUAACUUCAUGUGUUAAUUGUGUUUAUUGGGGUUUUUUUGUUCAACAUGCGUUGAGGUUAUGAAUUGUGUUUUGUCUUCUGUGUUAUUUUAUUUGUCGAUCUGAUUACUGUCUGUAAGCCGAAGCUGAAUGUAAAAUCAGUGUUUAAGCAGUAAAAGAGGAUUGUGUACAGUAUAUCAUACACUUGUGCUAUACUCUAUUUAUUUAAACACGUCUACUCUCCGUGUCAGAUCUGUUGGGUUUCAUAUAACAAUCGUGCUCUGUGUUUCACUGGUCAAAUCUAUACUGUUACAGUAAUAAACUUUAUUAAAUAUUCUUAUAAA